AUGCCCUUUUCAAGUUCCCCACCAAAUAGAGACUACUUUGCGGCUGCUCUUCCUGCAUCUUUCUUCAACCCUAUACUUCCUAAGCAAUCUCUUCACGUUGUUCAUUCCUCUAACUCUCUUAAUUGGCUCUCCGAGAUCCCGAAAGAGAUCACGGAUAGUUCUUCACUGGCUUGGAACAAAGGGAAAAUCCAUUACACAAAUGCUCAUAAGGAAGUUGUGAAGGCUUACUCUGCUCAAUAUGCUAAGGAUUGGCAGAGUUUUCUCCGUGCUAGAGCUCAUGAUGUUGCUGUUGGAGGGCUAAUGGCUCUUCUAGUUCCUUCGGUUCCUGAAAUCCAUCUCAGCUCCGAGACUCUUAGUUGCUCGGACUUUGUUAUUUUCGGAGAUUGCAUGAUGGACAUGGCUAAAGAGGGAAUAAUCAAAGAAGAGCAAGUGGACUCUUUCAAUCUGGGAUUUUACUUCUCAUGUCCAAGAGAAUUGAAAGAGAUAAUGGAAAGAAACGUUGAAUUUAGCAUAGAGAGCAUGGCAAAAUUGGAUGGUCUUACUUCGAAUGGAGUUCCAAUUGAAAAGAGAGCUUUAAUCUUGAGAGGUGGACUUGAAGGCUUUUUUAAACGGCAUUUUGGAAGUGAUGAGGUUGUGGAUGAGAUUUUUUACCGUUAUUCCAAGAAAGUUUUAACUUCUCCACUUCAUUUACAGCCUGAUACCCAUAAAAUGACCGUCGUCUUUAUCCUUCUUAAGAGGAAACCAUUGAUUAAUUAA